AUGAGGAAUCAUUAUCUUCAUCUCAAAUUAAUAUUCAUAUUCUUCUUACUUUUCUUAUCGCAAUGUACAUUUAUUAAUUGUUAUACUAUACCUUUAAAUAAUCAUGAUAAUAGUAAUAGUAAUUUUAAACCUAUAACACAGUCAUCUUCAACUUCAACUUCAAAUCAAGAUACAUAUGAUUUAAUAUACUCACUGAUUGAUAGAGUGAUUGGUUAUAGAUAUUUACCAUACUUUCAAUUACAACUAUCAAAUAUUAGUAAUACUGCUGGUGCUGCAAAUGGAGAAUACUUUGCAUUGUCAACUGAAUCCUAUUCGGUGGAUGGUGAAAAGAAUUUGACCUAUGUCUAUUUGCAAGCAAAUAAUGCAGUCAACCUAGCACAGGCAUUCAACUAUUACCUCAAGUACUAUGCAAUGUGUGUGUAUACUUGGACGGGUGACCAAUGUAAUUUGAAUGAUGGUGCGUUGCCAGAGGUGCCGGUUCCAGUGACGCAACCAAUUGCAAGUCAAUGGCGAUACUAUAUGAACGUGUGUACAUUUGGGUACAGCACAGUAUGGUGGGAUUGGCAGAGAUGGCAACGUGAAAUCGAUUGGAUGGCUCUGAAUGGAUACAACCUACCGCUGGCAUUUGUCGGCCAAGAAUUGGCGUCACCUGGAAUGAAGGGGACUGGUCUGACACCAGAAGCAAUCGAACAGAAUUAUAUGAUGUACGACUUGAUGAACGAGAUGGCGUGGCGUACAACUGCACCCAACAUGACCGAGUGGAUUAACCAAUACACGCAACGUAGAUACGGUGUGUUUGUACCAGAGUUGGCACAAGCUUGGAACCUGCUCAUUCCAACUGUAUUCAAUGCAACACUCGGCUAUUACGGCCCCCCAUCAAGUUUUGUCGGCAUGCGUCCCCAACUCAAUAUGACCAACGAUCUCUACUACGAUCCAUCGGUUGUCCAACAGGCAUGGCAACUCUAUCUCGGUGUAACCGACGAGUAUGUCCUAUCAACAGCCACAUUCUCAUUUGAUGUCUCUGAAAUCACUCUACAAGCACUCAGUAACCUGUUUAUGGAUACUCAAAUGGCAAUGUAUGAUGCUUAUCUGACCAACCAAAGCACAGUGUUUGAAGAACGUGCAACUAGUUGUUUGAAUAUCAUUACGGAUAUGGACACGAUCGCAGCGACACAGCAAAUGCUGCUGGUCGGUACUUGGACGGCCAAUGCUCGACAAUGGGCACUAAACACCAGUAGUGGAGAGACUGCCCCCUUUGAGUUUAAUGCUCGUAACCAAAUUACAUUGUGGGGUCCUCCCAACUCAUCGCUUCACGACUAUGCCUACCAUCUUUGGAGUGGACUGUUGAAUGAUUUCUAUUUUGCAAGAUGGGCUCUGUUUAUUAAAUACAUGGAUACUUCAUUGUCGACCAAUACAACAUUCAACAAUACAGACUACACCAAUGACAUUGAAUCACUUGAGGAAUCAUGGAAUAAUCAAAACUAUCAAUACCCAACCCUCCCAACUGGUAAUGCCUAUUUAUUAUCUAAAUUUAUAAAUGGUCAACUUCCUCCUCCUCCAUCUUCAUCAGAUGAUGAUAAUCGACACCAUACCAAGUAUGAUGACGGUGAUGAUGAUGAAGAUAUGUAUAAAUCAACAAAAUGGAUGGACAUGUCAGUUCAAGAUAUUAAAUUACAUAUUAAUAUUAAACAAAUACUACCUAUGCAUUCACAAGAAGAAUCAGAUAUUGUAAUUAAAUAUCGAUUGGAAGAGAUCAUUCGACAGAUACAGAAACAAUAUGAAUACAUCUCAACUAUACCAAACCUUGGGCAAUUAGGUUAUCUAUUCCCAUCGAUUAGACACUAUCUACUUGCAAAUCUAUCGUUGCAACGAGAGCUCAUGACCUCUCAAGAACUCUUCUUUAUCAGUAAACAUAAUCAACAACUUUUAAGCAUAUUUGAUAUAAGCAAUGAUGAAAAUAAUUCAUCAUCAUCAUCAUCAUCUGCUCCUAUAUUACAAUUGGGAUCAAACAUCACUAAUAACAACAACAACAACAACAACAACAACAACAACAACAACAAUAAGAAUAACAACGCUGCAAUUAAUAAUAAUCAUAACAACAAUCAGACUACUACAACAACAAAUACUUUAAAUACUUCUUCAACAUCAAUUGAAAUUAAACAAGAAAAAAAGAGAUCAACUGAACAAACUAUAGAUAAUGUAAAGUUGGAAUCACCAUACAAGAAAACAAAUACUGGUUUAUCCUCCUCCUCACCAACCCUUUCUACACCAUCCUAUCAAUCACCUCAAAAAUCUCCACAAAUUCUACCUCUACAAAUUCAUCCAAAACCUCUUCAACAACAACAACAACAACAACCUCUUCCUCAACAACCAACUCAAACUACAUCUAAAAGUAUUGUUUCAUUUAAAACACCUGAUUUGGUUGGACAUAGAAUGAAGGCAUUCCAAAAUGAACCAUCAACAGAUCAAGUCAAAAAAGUAAUUCGAUCAGUAGUACUUGAUUUUGCUUUCAAAUCAAUUGGUCCAGUAGACAAGGUACACAUGUCACAAUUAUUUCAAUUGGGUGCAAAUGAACCAUACCAAGUUUUAAUUGCAGCUUUACCAAAAUGUAAUUGUAGAGAUUUUCAAAAUAAUGAACAUUGUAAACAUAUAGUGUCAGCUCUAGUCAAAGUACUUGGAGUACCAAUAGAUUCUUAUUUAACCUAUCAAAGAUCAUUUACCAAUGCCGAAUUGGAAUUUAUAUUUUCUUUAAAUGAAAAGAGAAGACCUGGAUUAGAAUUGGUUAGACAUUUAUUGGAUUUAUCAAAAGUUGUAUCUUGGUUUGAUUUGGAAUUGUUUAAUGACGAAAUAACCAAAAACCCUGUAAAAUCGCUUUCAACAACCACAAAAAUUACACCUCGUGAAGAUCCAACAGGUAAAUCAUAUACUUGUCAAGCUUACAGGAUUUAUCUAAGAGAAUUAAAGAAAAAAAAUUCGUAA